AAUUGGCCUGUGCCAUUGUUACUUGGACGACGUUUGGUGUUCUAGAACGUGAACGUCCUGGCCUGCGGGUUCUAACCGACUUUGGUCAGAUCCCUUGAGGAGUGAGAGGCAGUCAGUCCAUACUUAGUGGACUGGAGUGUAGUGUAUAAAGACAACUUGUACCUAUCAAACCUGCUACUCGUCAAGGGCUAAUUGGGAAAGUACGGCCCUGUCAUCCGAAUAUCCAACUGGCAAAUAUGGAACCUGAAUAUACAGAAACCGAAAACAUAAAAUUAGAAAAUAUGGAAACUGAAACUAUUUCUUCAGUUUCAACUCUGCAAGCCCUUUCUAAGCUACUUUAUCCUGAAGAAGAGGAUGAUUUUGAGUCCGAACAGGUGUUUAAAUGUUCAUCUGUGAUUGGAGCCAUGGAUCCUGGGCAUAUUGGACCACCAAAACAAGAAGAGCUUAAAGUUAUUCCUCAAACCAGUGAUGAAACUAGCGAGGCCAUCUGGAAUCCAGAAGAAGUUCCAGAAGGAGCAGAACACACUGACAUGUGGGAUGCUAGAGAAAUACCAGAGUAUGAUAUUAUAUACAAACAGCAGGUGGGAACUGAGGAUAUAUUCCUAGGAUUGACGAAAAAGGACACUUCAACAGCAUGUUGUGAGGAUCUAGUGGUUAAAAUUAAACUGCCAAAUACAAACCCUUCUGAGAUUAGAAUUAAUGUCCAGGAAAUGAUCCUUGACCUUUGUACUCCUGAUAAAAAACUGUUGCUGAACCUCCCCCAUCCUGUGGAUUGCAACAGUGCCAAAGCUUUCUAUAUCCUGGAAACUGAAACUCUUGAAGUUACCGUAAAUGUGAAGAGAGAGUUGGAUUUUGUUAAUUUUUUCUGAAGCUGCAUGAAUGAAGCAAAAACAUGGCAAAAUAAUCCUGAUAUAAAGUUUUUAAGAUUGGUUAAUAUUUUCUAUCUUCUCUUUAUUAUUCUGACAUACUUCAGAGAGGGCCUAAUUUCAAUUAUACUGUCAUUCUGAUCAUUUACAGUCAUUUCUGUUAUACUGGUAGAGAACAUUGUUUUCUCAUAUUAAUAAGCUCUUCCAUUUUUAUAGUGAUAACCAGAUAGAAUUUAUGGGUUGACCAU